CUAAACGGAUGGCGGAAACUUCGAAAACAGUGGAUUUGUAAAUAGACGGUAACGUCUAGAAUAGACUUACAGCUGUGUUAUUUGCUAAGUGUAAUCAUGCCGGAAAUGCGAGACAUUUUGUCUCCUUUGACCACUCCUAAUAUUCACAGAACACCAGUGUUUUCCAGUAUAAGUGGUAUAUCCCCUUCUACCAGUCGUAGCCAUGUGGGUCUUAAAAGCCCCUCAGGCACACUGUUGUCUGGGGAACAUGAUGAGGCUGCAGAAAAGAGGGAGAGACGAAGGUCAAGGGUCAUGCAGCUUCAACAGAGGACACUGGAAAGUCCUGUAUCUCCAGUAGACAAGCGAAGAUCGUUAACAUUACAUGGCCUAUCCAGUACACAGAUAGCGGAACAUUAUGCCAACUGCAUCAAACUCUCAGCUGAAAAUAAAAUCACAUCAAAGAAUGCUUUUGGUCUUCACCUGAUUGACUACAUGUCGGACCAACUCAAGAAAAAGGAAAUGGAAAACUUUCAGGUUGCCAGCACUACCCUUGAUGCCAGUGCCAAAAUUUAUGCUGGUAGAGUUGACGCUAUCCACACAGAGACAUACAAGGUUCUGUCUGGCCUGGGACGUAGCUCAGACAAGAAUAAACCAGGCGACAACCAAGAUGGAGACGAUACUAAUGCCGAUCCAAGUGAACAGGGCACAGAAGACGAGAUCAAAAAGAAAAAGAAAAAGAUGCGAAGGAAGAACACAGUGGAGGCAAAUAUCAAAAAUAUUGACAUGAAAGAAAAAGACUUUGAAGCUAAGGCGGAUCCACUAUUCCAGAUAAUGUCAGCCACAUUUGAUGAGGGCGGUAUCAGUAGUCUCCUCCUCAACAGUCUGAGAUGUUUUGAUGACCAACAGAGCCUAGCCCUUGACUCCGGAACUCUGAUAGGGCCUUGUCCAGACAUUGGGGAGUGUUCUCAACGCCAGGUCAACGAUCUCGGUGAAAUUAUAGACCUGGCAAAAGGUCAUGACCUUGAGCUGUUAGAGAUGUGUCCGAACUUCUCAACCUUCAACUGGGAUGAUGCUAAUGAGACAUCCAUCUUGCCGUCGGGUCCAUCGGCACAGGCAUUUGACAUCAAUGCUGAGCCCGAGCCAAUACCAGACCUGGACGAGGACCAUAAUGAUGACCUCCCACCAGACAUGGGAGGUCUGGACAUGGAAGACAUUGGCAACGCAGACUCGGACACCAGUCAUUGUGAAGGAGAUGAGCCAGCUGACCAGGGUAUAUCUAUAGGAGACAGCAAGGCUGCACAGCUCAUGGACACUGUCAUGAAGGAUCUCUCGAAAGGGGUGACGGGUACAUUAAUGCAGGUAUUAGCAGCUGAGCCGUCCGAUUACUCAUUCUUCAACAAAACAUUACUGAGGACGUGGGCGGGACCAGAACACUGGAAGAAAGGGCCUGCAAAUAAAGAUCCUUCUAAGGGUAAAGAUGGAGCAGACAAAUCUCAGAAGACAAAGAAACCUGUUUUUAAAAUAAACUAUGAUGAGGAAAUGGACUUUGAACUGAAAUUUCAACCUUCAAAAUCUGUGACAUUGACCAAGGCCACAUUAACAAAGAACAGUAAAAACAAGAAGACCCUCCCUAAAUACCUCCACUACGAGACCGACAAACUCUUCAGACUGUUUGUGAAGCCAAAACUCAUGAUAAAAAGACAAAAUACAUCUUCUGAUAGUAUGGAUGAUGUAAUAGAAAAUUACGACUAUGAAAAUGUAAAUGACAGAGAAAAUUUCUGUCCCAGAGAUUUAGAAGGAAACCAAGACGAAGAUGAUGGUGACAGUCAUAUGGGCGAGUUUGAUUUCACAGCAGGAGGCAGCGAGUUUAGUCAGUCACAAGAUUCUCAGGAUUUUGGAUCUCAACCUGAUCCGAUGGAUGGAACAAUGCUGACAGGAGACAAACUUGUGGCACAGCCACAUAAGGUUGCGAAGAUAGAUAUAUCCUAUGCCAAAACAGCAAAGAAACUGGACGUGAAAAGACUCAAGUCAACUAUGUGGGAUAUCAUGACUCAUGAAAUUGUCAAGCCUCCUCCUGAACCUGAAGCAGCAGAGAACACUGAAGUGAAUCAGAACAAGAAUUCGUCCUCAGAUCAGGAAAUGACGGGCACAUGUACUUUCCAGGACCUGCUCACUAUCCUCCCUGACAAAGUGUCCAGUCAAACUGCCAAGAAUCUCAGUGUACCUAUCGCCUUUGCCUGUCUCCUCCAUCUGGCCAAUGAAAAGUGCCUGAAGAUAGUCUCUCUUGAUGAAGACCUUGGCAAUCUUGUAAUAUCUCAGGGAAUAUGAUAGUUGUAUUUUAAUCAGUUUUACCAGUGAACAGUGGUUCUCCUGACAGAUAGUUGUAUUUACUGGCUGAGAUUUGCCUGAGAUGUGUUUCUGUGCUGGUACAUCUAAAGAACCGUUCUCUCCAGCGGCCAUUGAAGAAGUCAAAAGGCAACUGUAGAUACAACUGAGAUGAUUUGGCAGCUAUAUUUAGCAGACAGCACAAUGAAUGGAUGUGAAAGAGCUCCUAUGAAAUAUAAUUUCACAUACAUUGUAUAUGAACUGUGUGUACUUGUUUUCACAAUUUUUUAUCAUUUAUUUACAAAAGACUUUCAGGUAAUCCUAGAAAUUACUAGAAAUAAUGGAAAUGAACUGAUUCUGGUGUUACAUAACAUAAGCCAACAUACAGAUAUUGUUGGACAGGGAAGUUGUUCAGCAAAUACCUGAUCAGGGAGUCUUUUAAUGUAAUACUGUUAUAGAAAUAACAUGAUUAUAGAAAAAAAAAAUCAUGGUUAUAAGUUAUUAAAAAAAUGUAAAUAGUUGUAUUAGUAUCAAUGAAAUAUACAGUAUGUUUAUUGUCAAUGUUUUGAAGUUAAAGCUUCAAUGUAAUAUGGAGGAAUGCCCUUAAGGUUUUAGAAUCUCCACUAUUGAAAGGAAAAAGAAAUAAACAGAAUAAUGGUUUAGACUUCAUUUUGGAAAGGAUAUAUUAUAAUAAUAUGUUUUGUUAAACUCACCAGUGUGAGCUAAAACUUGAUUAUUUUGGUCAUGUUUAAUUUGAAAACUUUGAAAUGCUGACAGUUGUCAUUGCUGAUUGUUGACACUCCUCAGUGUUGAAUGUUGACACUCCUCAGUGUUGAAUGUUGACACUCCUCAGUGUUGAAUGUUGACACUCCUCAGUGUUGAAUGUUGACACUCCUUAGUGCUGAAUGUUGACACUCCUCAGUGUUGAAUGUUGACACUUCUCAGUGUUGAAUGUUGACACUCCUCAGUGUUGAAUGUUGACACUCCUCAGUGUUGAAUGUUGACACUCCUCAGUGUUGAAUGUUGACACUCCUCAGUGUUGAAUGUUGACACUCCUCAGUGUUGAAUGUUGACACUCCUCAAUGUUGACACUUCUCAGUGUUGAAUGUUGACACUCCUCAAUGUUGACACUUCUCAGUGUUGAAUGUUGACACUCAAUGUUGACACUCCUCAGUGUUGAAUGUUGACACUCAGUGUUGAAUGUUGACAUUUCUCAGUGUUGAAUGUUGACACUUCUCGGUGCUGAAUAUUGACACUUCUCAGUGUUGAAUGUUGACACUCCUCAGUGUUGAAUGUUGGCACUUCUCAUUGUUGAAUGUUGACACUUCUCAGUGUUGAAUGUUGACACUCCUCAGUGUUGAAUGUUGACACUUCUCAGUGCUGAAUGUUGACCCUCCUCAGUGUUGAAUGUUGACACUCCUCAGUGUUGAAUAUUGACACUUCUCAGUGCUGAAUGUUGACACUUCUCAGUGUUGAAUGUUGACCCUCCUCAGUGUUGAAUGUUGACACUUCUCAGUGCUAAAUGUUGACACUUCUCAGUGUUGAAUGUUGACACUUCUCAGUGUUGAAUGUUGACCCUCCCAAGUGUUGAAUGUUGACCCUCCUCAGUGUGGAAUGUUGACACUCCUCAGUGUUGAAUGUUGACACUCCUCAGUGCUGAAUGUUGACACUCCCAGUGUUGAAUGUUGACACUUCUCAGUGUUGAAUGUUGACACUUCUCAGUGCUGAAUGUUGACCCUCCCAGUGUUGAAUGUUGAUGCUUCUCAGUGUUGAAUGUUGACACUUCUCAGUGCUGAAUGUUGACCUUCCCAGUGUUGAAUGUUGACACUCCUCAGUGUUGAAUGUUGACACUCCUCAGUGUUGAAUGUUGACACUCUUCAUUGUUGAAUGUUGACACUCCUCAGUGUUGAAUGUUGACACUCUGCUGAAUGUUGACACUCCUCAGUGUUGAAUGUUGACACUCCUCAGUGUUGAAUGUUGACACUCCUCAGUGUUGAAUAUUGACACUCCUCAGUGUUGAAUGUUGACACUCCUCAGUGUUGAAUGUUGACACUCCUCAGUGUUGAAUGUUGACACUCCUCAGUGUUGAAUGUUGACACUCUUCAUUGUUGAAUGUUGACACUCCUCUUUGUUGAAUGUUGACAUUAGUCAGUGUUGAAUGUUGACCCUCCUCAGUGCCUGUGUUGAGAAUAAUGUUAUGUUUGAUAUUUAUAUAUUGAUGAAGGAACUAUUGAGUUGUUAUAAUGGUGAGAAUAUUGUGUUACGUCGCCUCCAACGUAUACUGGUACAUAUUCUUGUUACAUGUUACGAAGGUUAUCUUCUGUACCAUAGUAAACGUUAGUUUUCAUUUUGUGUUGUGGUGUACCCGUCACCUAAUCCAUAUAUAUGUAUAGUAAGACUUGAUCAAGUAUACACCUCCAUUACACCUAGAUAACUGUUCUAUAAUUCUGUCUUCUAUCUAACUCUACACCACUCUAUUUAUGUAUACCUGAAUUGUUGAGGUUUAUUAAUUGUGCUAAAUGUGGUAAAUAAGGUACUUUUUCACUACUUCUAAAACUGGUGUCUGUCCAUUCAUCCAUUAUACUUUGAUUACACUUUACAUCUAAGUCACACUCUCAUCCAACAUGUUUUAGAAUGCUGACUGUUUUACAUUGAAUAUGUCACCCCUUCGUAGGAACAGAGACAUUGUAUUUCUUCUUCUUCUUCUUCUUCUUCUCAUUUUGAUGAAACAUGGAGGAUAAUUGCAUCACCUUAAGCCAAUGUGCAGUGUACUAUCAUUAGAUUACUGUGACCUUGACCUCAAGCUUUUUAGCUCACUUGCCCUGAGGGCCGGUGAUGUGGCGUCACCGGCCGUUGGGCGUCAACAAUUUACUUUAAAUAGUUUCUUCUCUAACAUGCUCCUGUAAAGGGCUACCAAGUUCACAUGAAUCACCCUUACCUACAUUCAAGGCCACAGUGAUGAAAUAGGCUAAAAUCUUUGAAUGACUUCUCAAUAACUAAGAGGUCUAGAGACCUCCUAUUGGGUGUGUAGCAUGUAACAAGGUUCAAUGUUGUGUAAAUGAGGGGUGUGGCUCCCCUGAGAUAUGACCUAAUAGGGAAAUUAUCGCAAUUUCUUUGAAAUCCUUUUUUAAGAAUUAUUUGAUCCACAUUUGGUUUAAACAGUUUUAGGGAGAGGCAGCUCAAAAAGUAUGAAAACAUUUUUUAAGUUAAAUUAAAUAAGUAUUUUACCAUGAUUACGGAAAUAUCCAGGUGAGCGAUGAAGGCCCUUUGGGACUCUUGAUUUGACCUAAAACGUUGCCAUUAUGGCGUUAACCAGAGGACAUAAACAAACAUUUAGCUUGUUAUGAAAAAUACCAAUGUUUCUUAAACUUUUAACACAAUUAUACUUCAGCUCUCAUAUUCUGUUUUAUUGUUUGUAAAUUCAUGUGCCAUUAUCACCAUCUUGUGUUGUAAUGUCCAUACAACUUGUGUCUGUAAAAUUGUCUCGUGUCUCUGACUAGAUUGUACAUCUGAAGGUAAAGCCUAAUAAAACUAUGGUACUGUAAAA